UCGAGUACAACGUAUACAGAACACAGAAGUACAGAGACAAAAUAAAUUCCUGAAAGGCAAAUCGCGAACCUCUUCGAAACUCCUUGUAUAUUCUAUGCUCAUGUCGAUUAUCCGGAGUUUCAGCAUAGACUAUUUAAGACGGAUUGACGUUCGAGUAUUAUACAAGGCUAUAUCUGGAUGAACAGUCGCCCUACUUUUCGCAGUAGUCUGCUUCCGAGUGAUUAGGCGCAUGGUUCUGCGAUUGUUUGGGUAGUUGAGUUACGAGCGCAUAUUAUUUUAUCCUGGCUACGGGCCCCUCGGUCUUCAUGACACCUUCCAAUCAUGCAUCUCCCUUCAGUCCCCCCGAGCCGGUGACCAGUCCCACUCCGCUGAGGAGGCCGAAGACAAGAAUUUCAGCGGAUGCGCAAUCAAUGACUUCGUCUGUAGCUUCACUGCCGUACAGAGCCUCAAAUGCUUCCGUACAGUCACUAUUUGCAUCAACGACAACACCUUCCAGUUCAAGACCAGUCUCCCCGACCGGAGGAACAUCAACACCUUCGCGAAUCGCAGGAUCCGUGUUUGGCGGAAGCAUUGUCUCCGAAGCUUACCUUUUACCAUCAGAUAGAAAAGACGACCCACGAAAUUUAAUAUUAUCUGGAUUCGUUCCUCAUAUUGCAGUACAUACAUCCGCCGACACACACGAGCUUGUGCAAGACAAAGGGUUUAAGGGAGGACUUUGGGAACUUAUUAGACCAUUCGGGGAGAAGAUACAAGGGAAGGUGAACGUGCGAGAUAGUAUAGGAGCUGGUAGGACGUAUGACGAUUUCGGGGUGCGAUUUGUACAAUUGGGUGAUGGGCUCGAGAUACCGGAAGGAAUACCUGGGUCGCAAAGGAGUGGGGAGGGCAGAGUUCUGUCACCGAAUGGCACCAAAUCAAUACCGGAGUCGAUAGCAGCUCAGCGGCUGCGGACGGGGGGCGAUAUUCCUCAAAUUGAGCGACUUGUCGAUCGUCAUUUAGCAAAUGCGGAAGAAUUCCCGGGUGUCAGUGCAGAGGAUUUUUUGAAUUUUAAGGAUAGCUCUAAAACUUCCGGAGUACCUUCUCCAUUUUACACACUUUAUUUACGAAGAUUGCUUUCAGGAAUCCCCUUAGCCCCACACGAAACUUUCUCUCAUCCAGUGGCAUGUAUCAUCGCCAUAAGUUCACGGAAUAAGAAUCCGAUUGAAGCUUUGAGGAGGUUAUAUGAAGAAUCAAGUCGUGGAGAAAAGCGGUUGCCGCUUUGGGUCAAUGAUGAUUAUCUCCGUUAUUAUGUUCUGGUACACGAUGAAGAACGAGAUGAUAUCACCAAAUCUAUUACAUUAUUUGAACAAAUGAAACGUCAUUUUGGGCUUCAUUGCCAUCUUCUGAGGCUUCGAAGCAGCCAAUGUGUGGCAACAGAUGAUGAUAGUGUACAACUUCCACGGUGCGAAUGGGUAGCUGCAUCGGAGGAAAUGGCCGAGAUACAGGCGCGAGAAUCCCAAGAAGAUCCCGAAGAUUCAUUUCCGUGUAUAUAUGAAUCUGAUACCACGGCUAUAAAAACAUUUAUUCGAGAGAUGGUCACUCAAUCUGUUGUGCCAUCGAUGGAAAGAUGUGUGGCAACUUGGAACGACCAGGUAGCUUCACGGCGAAGGGGUAUAAGCGGAAAAUUUAUGAGUCUAUCGAAGACUUUGAAGUGGGGAGCAUUUGGUUCCAGCUCACGAAAUACUUCCACAAAUGCGGUAGGAUCUGGUAGUAAUUAUGAUGCCUUGCAAGGGUUUUAUCGACCGGAUUCGCCUGAAGCAUUAAUGCGAAAACUGGCAGACUACUCGUUCAUGCUUCGAGAUUGGAAAUUGGCUCAGCAAAUUUAUGAUUUUUUGCGGUCAGAUUUCACUAAUGAUAAAGCAUGGAAGUAUCAUGCAGCAGCCAAUGAAAUGGCCGCUAUUAGUACUCUCAUGAUGCCUCACGCUAUAAGCGCCAAAACACGUACGGAAACGAUCGAUUUGAUGCUCGAGACCUCAUCGUAUUCAUAUAUGACACGAUGCAGUGCCCCAUAUGGAGCCUUACGCUGCUUAACUCUUGGAAUGGAGCUUCUUAGAGUGAGAGGUGGUUCAGCUACAGGCGAUGCAGCAAGAUGGGGCGCCAGACUUCUUGAACACAAAAUUGUGGGUCCCAUUGGGGAUUCAUUGUUUAAGGAGCGUGUCGCGGUGUGUUAUGGUUCGAAGAAGGGGCAUGGAGUUGGUCUUUGGGGCAGUAGAACGAGGAAAUCUGCGAUGUGGAGUAUCAUGGCAGCUGAAGGUUGGCUCAGCCUGGACAAGCCCCAUCAAUCAAAAAAGAGUCUGGAUGAUGCUCGUGCGAAAUAUGCUACUUUGACGCAUAAAGAUGGCCUGUUCUGUUUCUCGGAAGCGAAUGAAUUCAUUCAGAAUCUUGAGAAUGAGAUCGAAAACACUUUAUACCCAAUUACCGAGUCACAGGCAACAAUCAUGCCAGACGAUGAUGGAAUAGAAACAACGAUGGGAGAAGAAAGUGAAGCUUUUAAUUCCCGCCCGCAUCGGAGAAGUCUAAUGGGCGGAGUAGCACCUCCCCCUAUUGCAAGUCUCGAAUCAGCUCCUUUGCACGGGACUUUGAUAGAAGCGGAAGAAAGAGAUCAGGUUGUUACGAGUAACGAUUUUGAACAAGAAUAAGGGAAGAGUGAGGUUACAAUUACUUAUCAAUGAAAGCGAGCGCACUUCCUGCAUAUACCAUUUUAUUUUGAGAGGCUCUCUUUUUGAUUGUGCUGGAAAAAAGAAAGCAUUGCGAAAAUAGGAGUCUGAGGAGUCCAUAGAUUUGCCUGAAGAUAAGUCUGGGGAUGGACAUUGGGAUCUUUAUGUAUGAGUACUUAGGUAUGCUAUGAGAUGAAUUCAAUGAAUGAUUUUAUCUACGAG